ACAAGCUAACACGCAUGACUGUCGAGAUGCUAUCGGAGUAGUUUAUUAUUCGAGCUGCAUAAAAUUAGUUCAUAAAAAAUAGCUUUGCGAGAUUUUACAGAAAACUUUUGACCUGUUUCUUUAAUCUAAAUAAACGUUUAGUAGCAUUCCGGAAAGUAUUAGCAAUGCCACCAAAACAGAAGACAAAACGAGAAGAUUGGCGUGAGUGCCUGACUUGUGGUCGCAUCGUCCAUAGAUUGGACAUUUCCAGACACCAAUAUAGCUGUAAAUCUGGACAGCCAAUCGUCCAUGGAUUUAUUAAGGAUGGAGUACUCCAUGCUACUGUCUCUCCUGAAGGAGAUGAUUAUUUUACCGGUGCAAUAGACUUGCCUAAAUGGAAAGAUGAGCUUGUGUUAGUGCACCCUGCAUCGAUGCUCCUCUGUGGGCUGUCAAUUGGUCAUCUGUGUAUACUGAAUGAUUCACAUGUCUUGCGGGCAUGGCCAAAUACCAGUCUCCACCCUGUAAGUGUGGUUUUGCCAAAAACAUCAAUAUUGCAAGAAGAAAUACACUUUGAAGCUGGGAAUCUGGUCACUGUUCAGAUUUUCAAGGAUGCUGGAAGGAUAGCUGAAGAGGUUGAAAUUGAAAUAAGGACUUUGAAUGAUAUUUUCCUGAAAGAUGAAUUUCUGCAGUAUUUAAGCCUGAAAAUGGAAGGAAAGUACAUCGUGCAAGGCAGUGUUUACACAGUGCAUUAUUUUGGACUCUCGUGCUCCUACUGCAUCAAGAAAGUACAAGUUGAACUUCCCGAGACAUACCGUCUUGAAGUGAAACUGUUACCAGCAAAGGAAAGUGUUGUGUGUCAGGAUUUGUCGGCGAUAAAUAUUUCUGGGGUCUCGGAUCCUGAAGAUAUUUUGGACGUUUCAACAUCAUCCACACCAUCAACAAACAGUAUGUUAUCACCUCAACUUCAGACGCCUGAGAAAUGUUUUGAAAGAUCUGAGUAUUUCCAAACACCAACUAUACACCGGUCAGGAAAUAAAUCAGAAUUUAAUUUCAACAGAUUUGCUAAAGUGACUGCUCAAACAAAAUUUGUGCUUUCACAUUUCAAAGGAUCCAUUUCAGAUUUGACCACUGAGAAGAAGAUAACAUUUGACUACAUUGGUGGACUGGACAAACAGAUUAAAGCCGUUUCAUACUUUUUUCAUAUUUAUCUAAAGAGAUCUGAUCUUCUGGCACAUUAUGGUCAUCGCACAUCACAAGGAAUUUUGCUCUUUGGGCCUCGUGGAACAGGAAAAACUAUGUUUGCAAAAGCGAUAGCCAAUGAAAUGUCAUUGUUUCCUGUCUACAUUUCUGGUGACACUGAUGUCCUGAGCAAAUUUUAUGGAGAGACAGAGAAAAAGCUAAAAGACAUCUUUCAGUUAGCAGCUAAAAGAUCCCCUAGCUUGAUUAUUUUUGAUGAACUGGACAGACUGUGUCCUCCUCGAGACAACACUCAUUCCGAUUUAAAAAAGCGCAUUGUGACCACUUUGAUCACCUUGCUUGAUGAACUUGCACAUAAAGAGUCCAAAGUUGUGUGUUAUGUUCUCGGUAUAACCAGUAAACCUGACAGCAUUGAUCCUGCCUUACGUAGGGCUGGCCGCCUUGAUUAUGAAAUUGAAACUAGUGUGCCUUCUGCCGCAGAGAGACUGCAGAUAUUAAAAGCACACCUGCACGAUGUUCCACACAACAUAUCAGAAGCUGAUCUAAAGGCCGUUUCAGAUGCAGCACAUGGUUUUGUAGGUGCCGACUUGACAGCUCUCUUAAAGAAGGCAAAACUAUGUGCUAUGAAACGUUUAAAGCAAAAGGAAGGAACGAUCCAUGUUUUAACAUAUGAAGAUCUGCUGGUAGCUAUAAAGCAGAUUUCCCCCAGUGCCAUGAGAGAGGUGCAGCUUGAAGUUCCAGAGGUGAAAUGGAAAGAUAUUGGAGGACAAGCAGAAAUUAAAUUAAAACUGCAGCAGGCAGUACAAUGGCCUUUGCAACAUCCUGAAUCAUUUACACGGCUUGGAAUCUCACCACCCCGUGGUGUGCUUCUGUAUGGACCUCCAGGAUGUUCUAAAACAAUGAUAGCUAAGGCAUUGGCCACUGAGAGUGGACUGAAUUUUCUGGCUGUCAAGGGUCCAGAACUCUUUACCAAAUGGGUUGGAGAAUCAGAAAGAGCUGUGCGAGAGGUUUUCCGCAAAGCUAGAGCUGCAGCCCCAUCCAUCAUAUUUUUUGAUGAGAUCGAUGCAUUAGCUGUUGAGAGAGGAAGUUCAGGUGGUGCCAGCAAUGUUGCUGACCGGGUGCUGACACAAUUACUGACAGAAAUUGAUGGCAUUGAAAGACUGCAAGGUGUCACCAUUGUAGCAGCUACCAAUCGUCCUGACAUGCUUGACAAGGCUCUUUUGAGGCCAGGACGCAUCGACAGAAUUCUGUAUGUGCCAUUGCCAGAUCUUUCCACGAGAAGAGAAAUCUUGCAGAUUUCAGUAAGGGAGAUGCCAUUAGCAGAAGAUGUGGUGCUGGAUGAUUUAGCAAAACAAACCGAGCAAUACUCUGGAGCUGAGCUGACAGCAGUUUGCAAUGAGGCUGCUUUAUCUGCACUUCAGGAGGACAUCAACUGUGAAAGAGUUGCACUCAGGCAUUUUAACUUUGCGUUAGCAACAGUGAAGCCUGGUAUAAGUGCUGAAAUGCUACACUUUUAUGAAAACUACAGCAAAAAGAGUGGCCUACAUUUUGUGUGAAUUUAUUGGACUGCAUAAUACUUUGUGGAAAACUUAAGCAUAUAUGCCAAGAGAAGAGUAAAAGCAAGCAAAAAAGAAAAGUUAAACACUAGCACGGAAUGUUUGAAAUAAAAUAGCUGAUAAUGUGCUUAUAGAAAAAA